AUGCAAAGUAUGACUUCCAGUUCAGAUCAAGGAUCGAGGUCCAAAUCACUUGAGGUUGAAGAAAAUCAAAUUGAUCACUAUGAUCAAGAGAUGCAUGACGAUUUGGAUAAACAUGAAUUAAACAAAAUCUACCGUAAGUUGGAUUUCCGUAUCAUUCCAGCAUUAUGGUGUCUUUAUUUCCUUACUUCAUUUGGUUCAAAUUGUUAUGGUUUAACUUUAACCAUGAAUGCUGAAGUUGGUCAUUCGUUAACUCAAUCGUUGAAUUUGAGUUCAAAACAUACAUCUACCGCAUCAGCUUUAUAUUACGUUGGUUAUAUCAUCUUUGAUGUUCCUAUGAAUCUUAUCAUGACUAAAGUUAGUCCUCAAUCAUGGUUAGCAAGAAUUGUCAUUACAGUAGGAUUAGUGUACACAUGUUAUUGUGCUUUGGAUAGUGCUGGUGGUUUGAUAGCUGUGAGAUUCAUUAGUGGUGUAGUUGGUGCUGGUACAUGGCCAGGGAUGAGUUACUAUGUCUCACUUUGGUAUCCUAAUGACAGAGCCACAAGAAGAAUUGGUUAUUAUUUUACUGCAGCACAAAUUUCUGCUGCAGUUGCUGGGUUAGUUAGUGCGGGUUUCCAAAAGAUUGAUGGAAACAGAGGAUAUUAUGGUUGGCAAUGGAUGUAUUUGACAUAUGGUUCAAUUACGAUUGCAGUGGGAAUUUCUUUACUUUGGUGGUUACCUGAUAGACCAUUCAAUAUUGUUCAACAAUCAGAGAAUAAGAUUAAACAAUUUUAUAAUCGAUACUUUACCCCAUCUCAUCCAUUGACUGCGACUGAAAAAGAGUUACAUAGGAGGGACAUUGAGUACAGAUACAAACUACUCAAAUGGACUUGGAGAGACGUUGUUGCCAUUAUUACUGAUUUACGUAUUUGGCCAUUGAUUAUGAUGUAUUUUGGUGUUGUUGGGACAGGAUUUGGUUUAGCAGUGUUUGGAUCGACAAUUAUAAAAACAAAUAACCCUAAUUUGACGUCGAUCCAGGUUUCGUUAUUAUAUGCACCAAUUUGGUUAUUUGACUUGGGCGGUAUAUUGACAAUUACUCCAUUUGCUGAUAAAUAUAAAAAGUUUAGACCAAUGAUCUUUUGUGGUGCGUGUAUUAUAAUUAUUAUUGGUAUGGUGGUUACAACUUUUGCUCAUGGUCCAUGGAAUAAGUAUGCUGGGUUAUUAAUUGCUGGUUAUGGUUUGGGACCUACUGUUCCAAUCUGUAUGUCCUGGUCAGCUGAGGUCUUCUUCCCUAGGUAUGGAGAUGUUGGAACAGCAGUUAGUGCAGCCCUAGUUAGCGGGUUAGGAAAUUUGGGUUCGGUAACUGCCACUUAUGCCUUGUAUUCUGGUUGGCCCGAAGAUAAGGCUAGAUUGUACCGUGACUCCAAUAUGAUGUUGGUAUUGAUUACAGGAGUUAGUAUCAUUGCUUGUGGAGUUUGUUAUUUGAUUAAGGAUAAAGUUAGAAAUGUUCCAAACGUCGAUGACAAAGAGCAAGAGGUUGUUGAGUAUAAUUAA